AUGGAUUCAGCUUUGAUCAUCACUAGCAUGGACAGUCCACUCCAACAUCUACGAUCCAUCCGAGCAGAAGAUCUUUCACCCCACGAGCAGGCAUGUCAUGUUUGUGGGACUCCCUGGGGGUUUCCAAAAGAUGCUAACGGUCCAAUGGAAUAUCCCGUCAUUCUCACAUGUGGAUGCAUUGCUGGCUCGUUGUGUCUAGAGCGAUCGUUCGAAACAAGUCCGAGAUGUCCUCUGUGCAAGAAUGCGAUCCGGAUCAUUGCGGGUGUUAACGCGCCGCUCAAUCACAACACGAGGGCUCACUUGCGUCAACUCGAGCUGAGAAGCGGUGUCAACGACUGGCCAAUCCCAUCGGUUGAGAGCCGACGAGAGAUGCUGGACAGCGCCAGCAUGGAGGAAGCAGAGCAAACGAAGUCUGACCUACAAGGUAAGCUGGGUGUACUGAACGGCUGUCACAGUACCUUCCUUUCCGUACGAGAGUUGGAGGUAUGCAUCAGCCUCGUCGACUAUCGCCUUGGCACCGCCACAUCAGUUGUCGAUGCCCUCGACGCAUUCCUUAAAUGCCCGCUGUUCGAUCCAUCGCUCUGGGUAAAAACCGCAGAAAUACGUGCAUAUAUGGAAGGAAAUUCAACAAAUCCCCUUCAAUUCAAGUCCAGCUGCGGAAACUUCACAGAUGGAGAUUUGAGAGAUGUGCUUAUGUUGGUCAACAUGCGAGCCGGUACCUCGUUUCUUUUGGACGAGUUGGAGCUGGUGGUGUCGUUGAUGAAUUUCGUCCAUGGCAGUGGAGUGGAACUCUUGGACGUUCUGGGAUUGCGAGAAGGGGGGUUGCUUUAUGUUCAGCCAGACUCGCUGGAGUUGCAACCGGUUGACGGAGAGCUGGUCAAAGUUUUCGGAACACUUGAUAUCCGUGUUGGUUCGAAGGACGCGGUGGAGGAUUUGGGGGAUGUGUUUUCCCAGGCGGCCUUAUAA